GAGUUAUAAGCAUGGUUCCACAUAAGCUAUAAGCCAACAAGAUAGUGUUGCAAGGUAGUCAGAUAAAUGUCAUGAUUGUUUCCUCGAACUGGUAAGAAAAUUGCAAGGUCGCUUUCAUUUCAAUUCCUUAAACAUCUUGAGUUUCGCUUCGUCAUCACAAUACAUAUACACAUACUUGUAUAUGUAUACAUGAGUACUUAUAUAUCUAUACCAACAUCUCUUCGUGUUUCUAUAAAUAUAAGCAAAAACACACACACACACACACAUAUAUUUAACAUAUCAAAUUGCAUCUCUCUUCUCUCUCUCUUGUGUUCUUUGUUUCUUGUUUCUUGUUCUUACUUGUCGAGUAAAAUGGUUAGCGCGACCGUUGCGAGAAACAUUGCCGGCAUUUUUGGCAAUGUCAUCUCACUGUUCUUGUUCCUAUCUCCCAUACCAACAUUCAUAACCAUAUACAAGAUGAAGAAGGUGGAGGAAUAUAAAGCUGACCCAUACUUAGCCACAGUACUUAACUGCGCACUAUGGGUUUUUUAUGGCUUACCAAUAGUCCAUCCAGAUAGUCUCCUUGUGAUCACAAUUAAUGCCACUGGUCUCGCCAUUGAACUCUUUUACCUUUCUAUCUUCUUCUACUUUUCUCCCACCUCACGUAAGGUGAAAGUGGGGCUAUGGCUGGUAGGAGAGAUGGUAUUUGUAGGAAUAGUAGCCACAUGCACAUUGCUAUUGUUCCACACGCAUAACAAGAGAUCUUCUUUUGUUGGAAUCAUUUGUGUCAUUUUUGUUAGCCUCAUGUAUAUUGCUCCUCUCACCAUCAUGAGUAAGGUGAUCAAGACCAAAAGUGUGAGAUACAUGCCAUUCUCCCUCUCACUUGCCAACUUUCUAAACGGUAUCAUUUGGGUUAUUUAUGCCCUUAUUAAAUUCGACCUUUUCAUUUUGAUUGGAAAUGGACUAGGGACAGUAUCAGGAGCAGUACAACUUAUACUUUAUGCUUGUUAUUACAAGACAACACCAAAAGAUGAUGAAGAAGAAGAUAAUCUUUCUAAGGCUAACUCUCAGCUACAACUCAGUGGCAACCAGGGACAAGCUAAAGGAGUUCCAGCUUGAUUAUAUCUAGGAGUAGUCAAAUAUUCAAUAAAAUUUAUACUUUCCUUUUCUCUUUUUUUUUUUAUAAAAAACUUCUAGAUGAUUUAACUAAGUAAUAAAGUAACAUAUUAUAUU